AUGACAUCUGGCGAACUGCAGCAGAUAAAUAAGUCGGUCGGUCGGGGGAGUUUCUCCCACUCUCUUUCCCUCUCCCCGCACCCAGCUCAGCAUGCCCCAGCCCCUGAGCACCUCCACAGCUCUCCCAGCUCCACUACCAUGUGUAGAUGGACAGUGACACAAGGUGCACCGGUCGCCUGGUUCUCCUCCUGCCCCUGCCGCAGACCUCCUUCACUCCUUCUCUCCCUCACCUUCCUUCUCCUGCUUCUCCUGCUCGGACCCUCCUCUUCCUCGCCCCUGUCCGCUUCAUCAUCGCCGUCAGACUCUGGAAAGAACCAGAAUGCACCGGGAGGGACGCCUCCUCAGUUCUUCGUCCCACACCCGUCACCUUCCUCAUCGCCCGCACCUCUGCACGCAUCCUCUGCGAGGUUGCCACGGGCGACCAACGUAUCAUCGUCCUCCGCGACAGUCGUCGGGCGCCACGUGCGGAGCAGCUACAACCAUCUACAAGGAGAUGUGCGCCAGAGGAAACUGUUCUCCUACCAGAAAUUCUUCCUUCGCAUUGACAAGAAAGGAACAGUUAAUGGCACCAAAAGUGAGGACGAUCCAUACAGUAUUUUGGAGAUCAAGUCAGUGGAUGUGGGGGUGGUGGCCAUCAGGGGCCUCAGCAGUAACCACUACCUGGCGAUCAACAAGAAGGGAGUGCUAUACGGAGCGAGGGACUUUGGUCCGGACUGUCGUCUGAUUGAGCGCAUUGAGGAGAACAAGUACAACACCUACGCUUCAGCAGAGUGGCGCAACAAGAAGAAGCACAUGUUUGUGGGACUGAACGCCAACGGAAAGCCAAUGAAGGGGAGGAAGACACGGAGGAAAAACACAGCCACUCACUUCCUGCCCAUUGUGGUACAACCACGAUGAUUGGACACGUCAGCCAUGGGAGAACACUGCAGACUGCAGGGUAUCAGACUUUUUUUUGGAGUUACA